AAUCGUACCAAAUGCUAUCCGACAGAAAUCCAUACUCGCCCAUUGUAAAAAUGUCAGCUGCAUCCGCGAGCAGCUCCGGUAGUAAAAUGAAAAAUGUGGAAAAUGAUAACAGUAGUAAACGGACAGUUGGCAGUGUAAAAAAGAAAAGUUCUGGUGAUAAAAAUAAAAAGAGCGAGUCUAAUACAAGCAGUACAAUUAUUAAAGUAAAAAGUGUGAUUCCUAAACGACGACAAGACUUGCUGAAAUGGUACGGAUGGGGCUACAAGGAUUCCAUGUUUAAACUGGAAGGAAACGCGGCCACCUUUACUGGGAACAGAUACUCCAUCGGAGGGCAGACUCUACCACACCUAGCACAAUGGGCUAUAGACAAAUUCGGCAUAGAUCCCUCAAGGGACCCGAAGAUUCCCGAGCUCCCGAAGACAUUUGCCGAGAGCCGACUACCAGAGUCCAUUCGGUUGGAAUUGGAGGAGAUUGCUGAAGUGAGCAUCGAUGGCAUGGAUAGACUGAUCAGAGCACACGGGCAGACGCUUAAGGACAUGGCCCAGUUAAGGACCAACAGCUUCCCGAGGAUCCCUGAUGCUGUAAUAUGGCCUGAUAGUCAUGAGCAGGUGGAGCAAAUAGUGGCUUGUGCAUCCCGGCACAACUUCGUGAUCAUUCCGUUUGGUGGCGGCACCUCGGUGUCGGGCGCCGUCACCUGCCCCGCGAAGGAGACCAGGCCUAUAGUGGUACUGGACACGAGCGACCUCAACUCCAUCUUGUGGCUCGACAAGGAACAACUGCUGGCUCGAGUACAGGCGGGUAUAGUAGGCCAGGACUUGGAACGGGAGAUGCGCGCGCGCGGCUUCACGGUCGGCCACGAGCCCGACUCGUACGAGUUCUCCACGCUCGGCGGCUGGGUGGCCACCAGAGCCAGCGGCAUGAAGAAGAACACCUAUGGAAAUAUUGAGGACCUCAUUGUGAACACUAAGGUAGUGACAGCUCGCGGUGUGUUCGAGAAGAGUUGUCGCGUGCCUCGCGUGUCGUGCGGCCCUGAGUGGGAACAUGUCAUCAUGGGCUCUGAGGGGUGCUUCGGAGUCGUUACUGAGGUGACGAUAAAGAUCCGUCCACUUCCCCCCGUGGUGCGCUACGGGUCGCUCGUGUUCCCCGACUGGGAGAGUGGCUUCUACUUCGAGAGAGAAGUCGCGAGGCGACGCCUGCAACCCUCCAGCAUCAGACUUAUGGACAACGAACAGUUUCGUUUCGGCCAAGCUCUAAAAACAGAGAACACGUGGGGCGGCGUUCUCUUAGACGGGUUGAAACGUCUGUACAUCACGAAGAUCAAGGGCUUCGACCCUGCCAAGCUGUGCGUGGUCACUCUCCUCAUGGAGGGCUCGGCGGAGGAGGUCUCGGAGAGGGAGAGCAAGCUCAACAACAUCGCGGCCCAGUUCGGAGGGAUACCCGCCGGGGCCACGAACGGGGAGAAUGGAUACACAUUAACCUUUGUCAUCGCUUAUCUCAGAGACGUGGCAAUGGAAUACGACGUAGUAUCAGAAUCGUUCGAGACAUCGGUUCCAUGGGACCGCACGCUCGCGCUCUGUGCCAACGUCAAGCAGCGCAUACGCAACGAGUGCGCCAAGCGAGGCAUCGAUAAAUACCUCAUAUCACAUCGACUGACGCAAACGUAUGACGCAGGCUGUUGUAUUUAUUUCUACUUUGGUCACUACAUUGGGAACUGUGUUGACCCCGUGUCAACAUACGAAGAAAUCGAAGAGGCUGCACGCGACGAGAUCAUUGCCUGUGGUGGAUCAAUAUCACACCAUCACGGGGUCGGGAAACUCCGGAAGAAAUGGUACGCGGAUACAGUCAGCGAGCCGGGACGACAACUUUUGCUUGCCGCGAAGAAAGCUUUGGAUCCAGACAACAUUUUCGCAUUAGGGAACAUGGCAUUUGAAGAGCACAGCAAUAACACUGACGUAUCGGUUAAAAGUAAAUUAUAAGGUUUUAGUUAAGUGUGUCCCACUUGACUUCGCAAGUCUUAGGUCCAUUUCAAUCUUGAUUUAAUUUCAUAGAUAAGAUAGUCCUUUUGUUAGAUUUUGUACAUUGUUUUAUACAGAUCAGAGAAUGAAAUACAUAAUAAUGUUCUAAUGAAUGGCAUAGAAAUUCCUAUUAAAUUGAUGGCAAUAAAUUAGUGCUUUGAAGAUCUUUCUUUUUGAAGGCGAUGACGUCAUACCCAGUUAUGUAGCGCUUAGGUACUCUACUAUUCGUAAAAUCUGUGUGUGAUAAAUAUUUGUUCGUGUAUUUACAAAAUAACUUUCCAGUUACGUUAGAUAGCUUACUUAGCGGUAAUUUACUCUAUGGACAAUAGUCGUUCAAUUAUUGGUAUAAGGGUAACUUACUUCGGUCAUGAUUGGCAAACCUCGCUUUAUAACAUUCGACAAAUUAGAUAAUAAGUGUAGUUUAUAACAUUUUUUAUAAAAAGUUGCAUUCGUUCAUAUUUAUUUAUACAAAAAUGACGUACCUAUACGUUUAAUGGUAGUGAUUCGAUGAAAUUGAGACUUUAUGACAAACUUUACAUAAUUAUGUCAUCAACGAUGUUCAUCCUCAAAUAACUAUUGUACUUAUUGAGGAAAUUAGGUGACGUAAUCAUGACACAUAUUUUUUAAAUACAUACAUAAAACCACGAGACCCGAUUUUGCUUCUCCACAAUUUGCAAGGAAAUGGUCGCAUAUAUCUAAUAUCGCGUCACUUACAACAUUUCAGACGCUCAACCAAGACACGACACCUUGUAAACAAUUCAAAUAUUAUAUUAAAUUACAAUAGGUUAGCUAUAGUUUAAAUAAAAAUUACACAUUAUGUUUUAUUAAAGAAGACAUUUAUGACAUGUAUUAUGUUUUUGAUUUACUCACUUAAAAUAUGAAUGAAUAGUAGGUUUUUUUUUUAUAUACAGAAUAUGCGGCCUAUUUUCUUUUUUUUAUUUAUGCCAAAGACAAAAUAAAAUUGCCACAUUACAUUAGCCAUCAAAUUGUAACGAUAACCAUGUAUGCAGUGACCAGUGCCAUAUGAUUUUAGUUAGUUUGAUAUUAUUGUUUCGUAGUCUUCUUGUUAUUGUUUACAACCUGUUAUAAAUUACCAAUACGUAAUACGUCCUUAGUCUGACCAUGUACUUACAAAUAAAAGUCUCUCAUGCGCUUUGACACGUUCUCAUCUUGAUUGAUAUUUAUUAUAGCAAUUAAUUGCUCAAUCUUAUUAUAAAUAACGAAUACUUACAAAAAAAUGCUAAUCAUUUUCUUUAUUAAUUCAAUAAAUUACAUUCCUUCUAAGUUUUCAAUGUAUUUAAUGUGAUUAAUUUAUAAGUUUAUGAAGUAUGGGGUUUGUGAUUAUUUAGAAAAUAAAUUGUUUGUCUUGUAAAUAAGUGAGGGUGAUUGCAAUACCAAUAAAGUUAAUGUUACCAAGA